UGGGAGCUGGUCUGGACUGGCCUUCAGAGCCGAGCAGAGGACGCUGCUUUGGGCCCCAGAGCAUGGGAAGGUCUCGGCUGCGGUCUGGGACCUGCUUGGAGGGCCCCGGGCCUGCGGACGCCGGGGAGCGGUUGCCGGGCAACAGUGCGGGCGGCCUGGCCUCUUUGCGCCCGGCGGGCAGCGCGCGUCUGGGGCGGGCUCGGCGCGGGGCUCGGGCACAGGCCCCCGCUGCCGCAGCCCUACCCAGUGAAACACCGAGGGCGGCGUCGCUUCGCCGUCACCUGGCUCUGGCCCUCUCACUCUAGCGUGGGGGUGACACUGGCCAGGCAGUGAGGACCCUGAGAUCCAUGCCCUGGGAGACAGGGGUUGUUUCCUGUCCCUGCACCCGCGUGCCUGCCUUCUAACCCUCAUACCGUUGGGCAGGUUAAUUCACUGGACUGGGCCUCUGUUCCUUGGGAGUUGAAAAGAUUUGACCUGGAAGAAACCCUACCGAUCAUUCAGUUAAGCCGCAACCCCACCCCGUUUUAUAUAGGGAUUCCGGUUCACAAUGGAUGCUGAUCAAGAGAAAGAUCUGCAGAAAUUUCUUAAAAAUGUGGAUGAAAUCACCAAUUUAAUUCAGGAGAUGAAUUCUGAUGACCCAGUUGUGCAACAGAACGCUGUCCUGGAGACAGAAAAGAGACUACUGCUUAUGGAGGAAGACCAGGAGGAGGAUGAAUGCAGGACCACCUUGAAUAAGACUGUGAUCAGUCCUCCACAAACUGCUGUGAAGAGUGCCGAAGAAGUAAACUCAGAGGCCUUCUUGGCAUCUGUGGAGAAGGAUGCAAAGGAACGAGCCAAGAGAAGAAGGGAAAACAAAGUCUUAGCAGAUGCCCUAAAAGACAAAGGGAAUGAAGCAUUUGCUGAAGGCAAUUAUGAAACAGCUAUCCUGCACUAUAGUGAGGGUUUGGAGAAGCUGAAGGACGUGAAAGUGCUGUACACCAACCGAGCCCAGGCUUAUAUGAAACUUAAGAACUAUGAGAAGGCCCUGGUGGAUUGUGAAUGGGCUCUUAAGUGUGAUGAAAAAUGCACAAAAGCAUAUUUUCACAUGGGAAAAGCCAACCUGGCCCUGAAGAACUACAGUGUGUCUAGAGAGUGUUAUAAGAAGAUCUUAGAAAUAAACCCCAAGCUGCAAACCCAGGUGAAAGAUUACCUGAAUCAAGUAGAUCUUCAGGAAAAAGCAGACCUUCAAGAAAAGGAAGCCCAUGAACUGCUGGAUUCAGGAAAGAACACAGCUGUGAACACCAAGAACCUCCUGGAGACCCUUUCCAAGCCUGACCAGAUCCCCUUGUUCUAUGCAGGGGGGAUUGAGAUCCUGACUGAAAUGAUAAAGGAGUGCACAGAACAAACUUUAUUCAGAAUGCACGAUGGAUUUAGUAUCAUCAGUGACAACGAGGUCAUAAGAAGGUGUUUUUCCACAGCAGGAAAAGAUGCAAUUGAAGAGACGGUCUGUGUGUCUGUUCUCAAGCUCUGGCAAGCAGUGUGCUGCGGGAACGAGGAAAAUCAGCGUGUGCUAGUGAUGCACCCUGACAGGGCCAGGCUGUUGGCCACCCUCUUGUCCUCCAAGGUCCUGGCCAUCAGGCAGCAGAGCCUUGCCCUGCUGCUACAGCUCGCCCAGACUGAGAGCGGACGGAGCCUGAUCAUCAGCCACCUUGACCUGACCAGAUUAUUGGAAGCCCUGGUGUCAUUUCUUGAUUUCUCGGAUAAGGAGGCCAACACUGCUAUGGGACUGUUCACAGACUUGGCUCUGGAAGAAAGAUUCCAAGUCUGGUUCCAGGCCAACCUUCCAGGUGUUCUCCCUGCAGUCACAAGCGUUCUGAAGACAGAUCCCAAGGUAAGCAGCUCCUCAGCUCUGUGCCAGUGCAUUGCCAUCAUGGGAAACCUCAGUGCUGAGCCUGCCACCCGAAGACACAUGGCGGCCUGUGAGGAAUUUGGGGAUGGCUGCUUGAGCCUCCUGGCCAGAUGUGAGGAGAAUGUGGCCCUGUUCAGAGAGGUUAUCUACACACUCCUGGGACUCAUGAUGAACCUGUGUCUUCAGGCUCCCUUUGUCUCUGAGGUUUGGGCUGUGGAGGUGAGCAGAAGGUGCCUGUCUUUACUAAACAGCCAGGAUGGAGGAAUCCUGACAAGAGCUGCUGGUGUUCUGAGCCGGACCCUUUCUUCCUCUCUGAAAAUUGUUGAGGAGGCCUUGCAAGCAGGAGUGGUAAAGAAAAUGAUGAAAUUCCUGAAGACAGGAGGCGAGACUGCAUCACGUUAUGCUGUAAAGAUACUAGCUAUCUGCACGAAUAGUUACCACGAAGCUCGGGAAGAAGUAAUAAGACUGGAUAAAAGAGCCCCGAUACCACCCUUGGAGACACAGCUUGUUCCGGAUAAUCAGAGUCUUCUGGUUCAACAAGCAGAGGAGCUGGGAUUUUUCCAUCCUAAAGAGGAUGUGGCUGGGAUGGAACUCCAUCACCAUCCUGAAGCCACAGCAGAGGUGACAGGUAACAGACAGUCCAGAGCUGCUCACUGUCUUCAUAGAUGACGUGAGGAUGGUGGUUCCAGUGCACCGCAAGGUGGGACUGAGGUUCAGAGUUGAGGGGAAACAAUAGGAAGGGGCUGCUAUUGUAAGCACUUUCUUGAGGAUUUGUUCAAAUAAGAGUUUCUUGGCUUGGAUAACUGAGGGAAAGAGUACAACUAAGAAGUAUCAGGUUGGUGCAAAGCUAAUUGUAGUUUUUGCCAUUAAAAGCAAUGACAAAAACCACAAUUUCUUUUGCGCUAACCUAAUAUUCUGAGGACAGAAGACAUUUAAUCCCACAUCGCUUUUUUUUUUAAGUAAGAGGUCUCAUUUUCUAAAUAACUUGAAAAUAGAGGCUCUCCAAGGGUUCCAUUAAAGGAGAGAAUAAUCAGAGGUGAAGAAAACCCAUUUAGAACUGACUCCUUUUCCCAUGGAAUGAGCUUUUGGUCCUCACAGACUGGCAUCCUGCAGACACGCAGAGAGAAUAAAUCCUGCCUGUGCAUUGUU